AUGUGCAUAUUUGGAACUGUGGCGAAUUUCUGCAAUAUCGUCGUCCUUACUAGACGGCAAAUGCGCACACCGGUCAACAUGAUUUUGACGGCAAUGGCAUGUUGUGAUACGGUGGUGUUAUUCUCGAAUCUGAUCUACACUACACAUUACUCAUUUGUCGCCUUCAAACACUGCCAUCCACGACAUUGGAGUUAUGGUUGGGCGUUGUUUUUGAUCGCUCAUGCUCAUCUGUCAUUGGUCGGACAUAGCUCAUCUGUGUGGUUG